CGGCCUCUAACGAUGAAGAAGGAAGGGAUCCAAACUAGGAAUAGGAAAUUGUCAUCCAAGUCGAAGAAGAAGAAAGGGAGCGGGAGCACUGGAUGUCUGGCGCUGAGCGGGGUCAUGUCGGAUAUGAUCAAGCCGCUGGACCCGAGCGGGAUGGGCGGAAUGGGUGGAAUGGGCGGGAUGGGCGGGGCGGGCGGGAAGGGCGGCUUCGGCGGCGGAUUUAGUCAACACCAUCACCUGAGCCCUUCCCUCCACAGUCACCCCAUGUCCCACUACAUGUACCAGGGUCACCACCAGGGCUUCGUCGCCCCCGGGCCCCCCGCCCCGCCCCCCGGAAUGCACCACCACCACCACCACCAUCUCACCGGCCUCGGCCUCGCCUCCACUUCCAAUGGAAUGGCAAGUUGGAGAUCUGAAUACACUUGAUAAACUGAUUUUAGGAGUUUGUCCUUAGAAGCCUAAAAAAGUGUGUCCGAAUGUCCGCUCGUUAUGGUGUGGUCGAGCCUCUAGCUGUUAUUGAGGAAUUUUGAGGGGAUGACCUGAUGAUAACGCACAAUUUGAAUACGUUAUGCUCCAAAUUCAUUGUUCGAUAACGAUGGCGGAAACCAAGCAUAACUCACAUUGUAGAUGCAUCAUUCUCGUUUAAAUGCGUUUACAAAGAGCUGUUUGUGGUUGGUAGUAGGUAGAUGGUUUGAUGAAGCCCUCCGAAAAUCAUAAUAGGAGAAUUAUAUGAUUGUAUUAUUUAAUCAAAGUGUGAUAUCAUAGUUUAAAUUUUAUUAGUAGGGAAUUUAUUAUUACUUGGUGAUAUUCGUAAAUGUAUUUAAGGGGUUUGUUCUUCUUAGUUUAAUCGCCAAAGUAUGGAUAUCUGAUCAAAUUUAGAGUUCUGGUGCAGAAACGCCUAAACAUACUAGCUCACCUGCCAUGUGGCACAAUUAAACGUUUAUUUUUUCUCAUUAGUGGUAAAUGGAUGGAUAGGGGAGGAUGAAGUCAGGAUUCAUUUAUGAAUCACCACUAUUUUUCAUUUAACAUUUUAAUACCUGGCUGCUAAGUAUUACAAUAUGUAAUUGUUUUACCUCAGAAACAAGAGUGAUUCAUUUUUCUUCUUGGAGAGUUGCCGCUAAAUUCUCUUGCCUUGGGGUUCUUUUCUUAUUCUUUUAGAUAGUGUGGAGUUUAGAUAUUUGUAAGAACGCAAUAAAAUUUAUUGAAGUUUUAUACGAUACCAAACAUAUCUGUAUUCGGUACUUGAUAUUCCCUCCGAGUGUUUCUUUUGACUAAGAGACACGAGUAUGUGAACUAGUUUUUGUUCUCUUUGAAGUAGAUCUUUUUCAAGAGGAGGCAUUUCAAGCUGUUUUUAUCCCACUACUUGUAACAGGCUACACAACUUCCAUAAUAUUACUGUUACGAUCACGCAUAAUCAAUUAUUUUCAAAUCAGCAUUACUUACAUUAUUAAAACACAUGAGCAGAUUUUUUCAUAACAACUUUUCUGCGUAUCAAAAGUGAGAGAAUUUUUUUUUUUUAAAAAAAAAAAACAAUUAGUAGAUGUCAAAAAAAGAUUGACUUUUAAUAAUUUUAAUGACCUCCUAGGAAAUUUACAAUCAUAUUUUCCGAUCCUCUGUAUGUAGCUAGGUUAUACCAAAAAGGCAGAAGUGUUCCUCAAAUGUUUUCAAAACUCUCCAAAACCACACAAGAUUUUAUAAUCUUGAGCUGGAAAGAGUAAAAAAGCCAAAAUACAUGGUCAAGGUGAAUAUUGACGGUGGGGUUUUGUCACAAUUUGAUCUCCAAAAUAUAAAACAGGCUAAAAUGAGUAGUUUUGGUUUUAUUUUGACACAUGUUGUGUACCCUCAAAUUGAUCAAUGUAAAAAAAGGGAUACGAAAAUCAUGAAAGUAUUCCAAUGGUAGGUAAAUAUUUUUAGAGCUCUGAUGGUUUUAAAAAAUUAUCUAAAAUUUGUAAUGAAAAAAUUGUUCGUUACAUUUUAACUGGAAUUUAUUAUAAAAAUGUUUAAUUUCUUAAUCAGUAAUUCAUAGAGUUUUGAUCUCAGAUUCCUUAUUAGAAUCACAUUCAUGAACAAAAUAUGUCUGUGAAUGCACAGUCUACGUUUAUUAACGCUUUUUUCUUUCUUUUUUUUUAAUAAUUUAAUUCCGGCUUCGCUAUAGGAAUCGUCAAACGAUUUCAAUCAACACAUCUUUUCAUGUAAUUCUUCAAAAAUCUGAAACACAAUUCACAUUACCAAGUGUAAAUAAAUUAUGUAACAUAAGUUCUAUUAUUUGUUGUAUUAUAUUUAGCAAAUUGUAACAAAAUGUAAAAAUGUAUAUAGCUCUGUUUAGAGCGGUAAAUUUUCUAAAAUAAAAUGUAAGUAAUGUAAAUUAAUUGUGGAUCGAUUUAAACUUUGUAAAAGUGUUUUAUGUCGGUAAAUUUGCUCCCUCAAAUGUGUGAAGAGCUAUCAAGAAAGGUUUCUUUAUUUUGUUUGCAAAUUUAUGUAAAGAAAUUUCGUCUGUGCUUAAGGCGGCCAGUUGAAUCCAGUGUAAAAUUAUUAUUUCAGUAUUAUGCAAGCGAUGCAGUCAUAUUUCAUUUUAAAUUUUUAUGCCAUUCCCUACAAGGGUGAACGUAAUUUGGGUCUUGGAAUGUGACGUAAUUGAAAAAUUAUUCGUUCAAACGUCAUCCUUUUUCAAAUUUACUUUUUUUCUUAUUCUUCACGUCGUAUACUCGUCAAUUCUAAUUUCUUAUUUAUUGAAACAAAAAAGAAAUGUUCCUGAAUAAAGGCUUCCUUUUUUAUGACAGUUUAUUCCCUAAGUUCGUUCAAUUUUAGACUGGUCCAAUAAUUUUUUAUUAGAUCCAACGAAGAAUUGUACCAAAAAUCUUACUAUACCUAAGCAUUUUGGACUUAAACGAAGUACAACCGCCAUAAUUUAUUGAUCACUAAUCAUCUCUUAUGAAUGAUUACAGAACUUAGAUGAGUUGUAUUCGCGUCAUCGAUCUCAUCAAGGCGGAGAAAUUUUCAAAGGAAAAGAAGAAAAAAAAUAAUCACUGUCAUUGAAAACUUACGAUUACACGUUACAAAAGAAAAUCUCAACUAACUUGUACUAAAAAUGAAUGAAUAUGACAUUCAACUUAUUGUAUUUGAAAAUCUAGUCUGUGCUAUUGCUUCCUUGAAAACUUGCCCCGACAAACCUUGAAAGCCUCAUUUAUAACGCUUCUUUUUUUAAUAUUGGAACUAAGUUGUGAGUACAAAUUCAAGCGACAUCCAUCGUCUAUUUUUUUGUUUUCAAUCAAGUGAAUCUCUGAUCCUCAUUAAGGCAAAUUUCGGUCAUAUGAACCGAACUUCGCUGUUUCGCAUCGCCCUAACUAUUUGGUUUGUCAAACUGAAAUUUCGGUUCAUAUGACCAAAUUUCGUUCAUCCAUUCACUUUACCGCCAAAGUUCGGUUGCACAAACCGAAAGUUCGGCUUUUGUAACUAAAUAGUUGAAGUGUUAUGGGGCGACGAACGUUCGGACUACUUCGGACCAUAUGCCCGAUCUUUUUAUCAGUGAGAGUAAAGUGCGGUUAUAUGAUUAGUGAUAUUGUGUUUAUGACCUUCAUAAUAUUAGAAAAAUUUCAAAAUAACUCGUAAACAGAGAGAUCACGAUACAUACUCGUUUUCUCUUUUGAUUUUUCACUUCUCAAAAAUGAUAAUUUAUAUUAAUUUAAACAACCGAGUCGGAAUUCGUGCAAUAUUACAUUAAAUUAAGAAACAAAAACCCAUCUUAUUCUUGUAUUCGAUUCUCAAAACCCUCAUUUUCUCCUUUCCAAUAAUUAUAUGGUUCCUUUAUCAACUUAUCAGUUUGUCAAACGGUUUGGAAACUCACUCAAACUGUUCUAUGCAAAGUGAAUUAGAAUGAAAAAAGCGGAAAAUGAUUUGUUAUCUGCACAAUUUAAUCCUCAACUGGACUGUGGUAUUAAGUUUUCCCAACUGAUCAUAUUAUACGGCAAAUUGCCUGAAAAACUCGGAUAUUCAGUGAUUGAUGUACCUAUUUUACUUAUGUAUAAGGACCAACGCCCACCUUUUUUUCUUUCUUAUGAAUUAAAACUGUAAUUAAAAUUAUGUACAUAUUUAUAAAAUUGAUUUUAAUAAAUGUGCAAAUUGAUGUACCUAAAA